AUGAACCAACAAAAACAGGUCAUUGAAAUUGAUUCUGACAAUGAGUCUGUUGGUAGUUGCCAUCAUGACAACGAAGAUUCUGAAGUUGAGAUUGUAGGGGUUCAACAACUUAACCCACAAGAAGAAAUUGAAAGGCAAGUAAGGAUGAACGAACAAAUGCAAAAUACAAUUCCUAUUAGGACAGUAGGUGAUUUAAGUCCUCAAUUCAUAAUACCUAAUAUCAAUUAUAACGAUGGAUUUGAUACAGAAAUUAGUGAAGAAUCAUUCGAUGAAGACUCAGAUGAUUUUCCUGAACAUAACUUCAAUAGAAUAACCUAUCACCUUUCUCCAUUUGGUGAGUUCUAUACUCAUGAACAACAAAGAAACUCAUUUUAUAAUUUUAUUGGUAGGUUAUAUCCAGAACAUUCACACAAUAUCAAAUCACGUCAAGUUAAUGAAAUUCCUGAUUGGAUGAAAUCACCAAAGAAAGAAGCUAAACCUCAAGAAAAAAAGGAGAAAGAAGUUAGUGAAGAAGUUGGACUAAAAUGUGGAAUAUGCUGGGAUACAAGCAGUGAUGUUGUGUCUACUGCUUGUGGACAUGUUUUCUGUAGAAAUUGUAUGUGUGAAUUAUUCAAAAAUAAAGAAAAAGUACAAUGCCCAUUUUGUAGAACUCAACUUACUAAGAAAGAUGUUCAUAGGCUCUUUUUCAAUCCUUAA